AUGGCAGAAGGCCAACCACACCUACGCAUUCAGAUGUCGGACCUGAAUACAAAUGGCCUCCCCAGCAGAAAGCAGUCCUCUCCAGAUUUAGGCAGCAGGGGAGGCAGCGUACUAACUUUCCACAACAUCUGCUACGACGUGAAGGUGAAGACCGGGUUCUUCUGUUGUCAAAAAACAGUCGAGAAAGAAGUUUUGAGAGAUGUCAGUGGCAUCAUGAGACCAGGGCUGAACGCAAUUUUGGGACCCACUGGCAGUGGUAAAUCUUCUCUACUCGACAUUUUGGCUGCAAGGAAGGAUCCCCAUGGGCUUUCCGGUGACAUUUUGAUCAAUGGAGCUCCUCAGCCUGCCAACUUUAAAUGUACCUCUGGAUACGUAGUACAGGAUGACGUGGUAAUGGGAACCCUGACUGUCAGAGAAAAUUUGAAGUUCUCAGCAGCGCUCCGUUUGCCAAAGUCCGUGAAGGAGCAGGAAAAAAAUGAACGAGUGAAUCAGAUCAUCAAGGAACUGGGUUUGAGCCAAGUGGCAGAUUCCAAGGUUGGUACCCAGUUCACUCGUGGGGUAUCUGGAGGAGAGAGGAAAAGGACCAACAUCGGGAUGGAGCUCAUCACAGAUCCUGCCAUCUUAUUUUUAGAUGAGCCAACUACAGGACUCGAUGCCAGUACUGCCAACGCUGUCCUGCUGCUACUGAAAAGGAUGGCAAAACAAGGAAAAACAAUCAUCUUCUCCAUCCACCAGCCCCGGUACUCCAUAUUCCGCCUGUUCGAUAACCUGACGCUGCUGGCGGCGGGGAGGACGCUGUACCACGGGCCGGCUCAGCACGCCAUCGAGUACUUCCAGUCCAUCGGUUAUGAGUGUGAGCCGUACAACAACCCUGCCGACUUCUUCCUGGACAUCAUUAACGGGGACUCCACCGCGGUGGCGAUGAGCAAGAUUGAUGAAACCAAUACAG